UUUUUUUGGAGGUACGGGAGCCGAGUGGGGACCGGCUGGUUUCGCAGUAUCAGCCGUGUGUCUCCACCCGAGAGUAUGGCGACUUGGAUUGCACUGGCAGGAGCAGCGCCACGGCAGAGAUGGUGAUGGCGAAACAAAGAGACGCAAGUUCUCCGGACAAGUGUGCUACUAGUUUGCUUUGGAGCUGUUUUUACGCAGCGGCCUUCAGCUCCACGUCUCGCUCGUAGCGCUCGUUCCUGUGGCCAUCCCAGCGUUUGUCCUCGAUGGAGCAAGUUUGUUUUUUUCCUCGUGCAGAUAGAAGGGUGAGCUAAGCAGAUGAAAGCCAACAUCCUCAACGUUGAGUCGUAUUUGAGCAGCUCGCCGUGCGCGUUUGGGACAGUCGCGGUCCUCCUGGUGUCCGUGUAGCUGUCAGUGUGUGGCCUGCAUGGGAGAAUUUCUACAAUGAAAUCCAUCUUGGGGCAGCGACUCUUUGUGCUCUGCCAUUGCUGAUCAGCGGCAAGCAACUCUGUUAUUCUCCAUCUGUUCAAAAUGGGCUGCCAGUGGUGAAUGUAAAAACGAGCAUUCGGGGUUUCUUUCAAUGACGCGUGGAGAUUGAUGAAACCGCACCACGUUUAUUUCAUCCACAAUGCGCGAGUAUAAAGUGGUGGUCCUGGGCAGCGGUGGGGUCGGAAAAUCCGCCCUCACCGUGCAGUUUGUCACCGGGACGUUCAUUGAGAAGUACGACCCCACUAUAGAGGAUUUUUACCGCAAGGAGAUCGAGGUGGACUCGUCUCCCUCGGUCCUGGAGAUCCUGGACACCGCCGGCACCGAGCAGUUCGCCUCCAUGCGGGACUUGUACAUCAAAAACGGACAAGGGUUCAUUCUGGUCUACAGCCUGGUCAACCAGCAGAGCUUUCAGGACAUAAAGCCCAUGCGAGACCAGAUCAUAAGAGUCAAAAGGUAUGAGAAGGUUCCGGUGAUCCUGGUGGGGAACAAGGUGGACUUGGAGAGCGAGAGGGAGGUAUCUUCGAGUGAGGGUCAGGCGUUGGCGGAGGAGUGGGGCUGCCCGUUCAUGGAGACCUCAGCCAAAAGCAAAACCAUGGUGGACGAACUGUUCGCCGAAAUCGUGCGGCAAAUGGACUACGCCGCCCAGCCCGACAAGGACGACCCCUGCUGCUCCUCCUGUAAUAUACAAUAGCCUCUGGGCCUUUGGACAGUGGGCUGCAAAGAGGAACUGACUGGGUCUUGCAGCAGCAGCAGUGGAGGAAUAUAUUUGCAAUUAGACAUGCACACACACAUGCAGAUGCCAAUUACAAGGAGGAUGGAUUCACGGUUGAACGCAAUGGAUUUUAGGUCUACGGAGCAUAAAAUCAGAAGUGACACAAUGAUAAAUGGUAUGAGCGGUGGACACAUUUUGAAUGAGAAACGCCACAAAAGAAAUAGAGUCUAAAGGAACAUGCCCUCGCCUUAUGUUGUUGUUUGUUGCCAUUUUCAGUGGGGACAUUUUUAGCAGUCAUCACCACACUCACCAUUACCAUUUAGUGUCUUCUUCACUCUGCAAUGGUUAAUGGGGUUUUCCAAAGUACCUCAUUCAUCACAUCAGGCAUUCAGUUGUAGAAUCUUAAGCCAAAAACAAGUUUAAUGAGCUUCCCUAGACUUUCUACGCUUUUAGGUUUUGCCAAGGUUGAAGGUACAAGCACACAUUAAUAAAUUGGGACAUUGUUCGAAAAAUAUCAUUUCAGUUUUUCAAAAGAUUAAUUCUGUAAAAUGGUGAUUUAAUUUUAACAGAGUGAAACAGCCCUCGUCUUGAGGUUGUGGGUUUACUUCUUUUUGGCUAAUAAAAGUAGUCUUUGUAGCACCAUUAGGUUAAUAUACUGCGUAAAGGACGGGUAUGGAUAAUUUGUAAUUCAGAUUUAAUUUUGGAAAUAAACAUAAAAGGACCUUCUCUGAGCUUAAACCCCAAGACCUGCAGCCAAUUGUUAAUCAGUGCUAGUGCAGCCUUUGCAGCUCAGUGAGUGAAUUCUGGAGGUUCUGAGCUUUCACAUGAGGCCUGUUCAUACACUGAGAAUGAGGAAAACUUGUCUGUGCCUCUAUCUGCAGGUUAAGACACUGGCAACCCAGGUUCAGUCGCGAUUAUAGUUUCUUUUUUUAAACUAGUACGAGCACAGGCUACAUACUCUAUCUUUUAAAAAAAAUCACUCUGUUUUUAUUGAGUUAAGUUUAAUAUUUUUUUCAUAACACUCUGAUCAUCAUAAUAAUUUAUUAAUAUAUGCUUGACCUGAAAGUACCUUUUAUUUUUCUAUUCUUAUCAGCGCAAACUUCAGACAAAAAGUGUUUUGUUUUUUGAUGUCUAUUGGUGCAUAUCGUGAGAUGUUUUGGACAGACAGCAGAUUGUUGAUUGGAACAUUCAGAUGGUACAAAACCAUCUUCAGUGUUUGAAUCUCUUACCUAGCAUUACCUGUUUCUAUUGAGGAACGGGACACUGUACACGUGAAGAUGCCAACAUUUGUCACAUUUAUGUAUUUUUUAAUCAGUUUUUUAUCCUUCAAAAUACAGGCACAUGUCAAUAAAUUAGCGUAUUGUGGAAUAGUUCAUUUUUACUAUUGUUUGUAUGAGCUAAACACAAAGUUUUAAAAAGUAGUUUAAACCACAUUUAUUCAGUCAAAUACCAGUGUUUUUUUAGUUUUGUUUUGUUUUUCUUAUGGCCUUUAACAUGACGUAUAGUAAUGCCAACUUUCCAUAUAAAAUCAACACAGUUAAACGAAUGCUUGAAACACGUUACUUUUUUACUUUUUAAAUUAAAAAUGAUAAUUAUAUCUAUUCAAGAGCAAGAGAUAAUUUAGAUUUAUCGACGUGUGCCUGUGAAUGGGGCAGCCCUCGCCAUAGCCAUCUUUUAUGUGCCCAGAGUAUUUUAGCAACAAGUACUAGAAACGACAACAGCAUUGAUCUAAAGAAUAUAAAGUAGUGUAAAUAUUUUGUACUGCAAAGUGCCAGCUCCUGUGGAAAACCCUGACUGGACUGAGUUGAUGGUCUAUGCGCGUGGCUAAACUCCAAAAGGACUUUCUAUGGUUUGAGAUGAUUCUGAGCUGUGGAAAUGUGCAAAGCUAACACGUCAUUUUGGAUCUGGACACUGUGGACUGUAUAUCUAGUAUGUUGCCCCUGGAUACCAAUUCGUCUCCCGGGUGACCAUAUUCAUUGUUGAUUUUCUAUUUUUUUAAUGUGACCAUUUAUUUCCUCUCUGGAUGGCGACACUGUUACAUUUGACACCAAACAAUAAAAGUGCGUUCAACACGGG